AUGCCGUCGCGGGAAGACUACUCUCCCCGAACCGCCGGGCAAACCCUCACUUAUCUAUGCAAAGGCUUUGGACAUUCCGUAUCUCGAGGCGUCUUUCAAAGGAGUGGAUUCAAGCAUUUAAUUCUGCAAGUCCUUGUUCUUCCACUUGACAAGGCCUAUUUGAUCGAUGUUCACACUCUCAAUGAAAGGGCUUUCUUGCAGCCGGCUUCUAAAAACGGUCAAACUCUCCUAAAUGUACUAGAAUCAUCCCAGAUCCCCAAAGUCUUCUUCGAUGUUCGCAAUGACUCAGACGCCCUCUUCAGUCAUUUCAACGUUGGACUUGUCGGAACACGCGCAGGACUGGCCAAAUGCAUCGAGAGAGAUGCUCCUAUGACGGCUCUCGAAAUACGAACUUGGAAGGAAUCAAAGGAGAAAGGGCUGGAACUUUUCGAUCCAGGACGUGGAGGAACUUAUGAGAUAUUCAACCUACGUCCGCUUCCUAACGAAGUCAUCGGGUAUUGUGUGCAGGAUGUCCGUUUCCUGCCUAAGUUAUGGCUCCAUUAUCAUCGAAAAAUGUCCCCAAAGUGGAAGAGAAUGGUUGCGGCGGAGGCCACGAACAGAAUAAAGCUCUCCCAAGCAGCCACCUAUGAUGCAAAGGGAAAGUGGAAAGCUCUACGACCUUCGGACCGAUGAAUAACAUGCCAGCAUUGUCUUUGAGCACACACGGAGCUGUCUUCUGGUGCCGAAAUGUACAUCACUGAGACUCGGCGCUGGCAAAUCGUGGUUGCCAUCGACGGAAAUUAAUUCCCGAAACAGCCCAGCUAACGUAGGGCGGACCGACAGAACUGAAUACGAGAUGGCUUCGACCGGGUGUUAUCCCGGCUUCUUAUCCCGGCUUCGGGACCUUCCCUGGAGAUACCGAAUUGCUUACUCCGUCCGGCGAGGUGGUCAUGCAAGUUAGCCAUAGA